GAUCGUGAAACGCAUUACAAGAGUAAGUUUUAUGCCCGACAAACUUGUUCACUUCAGUUGCUCAAGUGUCAUUCUUACUGUAUCAACAAUUAACAUUGUUUAAAUAAUUUAAUUUCAUAGAUUUUUUGGUUCUAUUUUAUUUUUAAGGAAAUUUUGGAUUUUUUUACCGAUGGAGUGUGUGAUUUUGCGUGAUUUUUCUAAAUGCUGAAAAAAACUUUUUAUAGUUUUUAUAUUAUUUAGCCCAGCGUUCAAAAUUUUUUUAUUAUUGUUAAUUUUAUCCAAAGUGUUGAACGUGAGACAAGUGUUAUAAUUUUAAGGAAUUAGUUUCAAAAAAAAAAUUUUUGUUCAAUUAAAAAUAAAAUUUGAUUCUAAGAGGAACUUAUACUUGAAGAAAUAAACUGAUCGGCGUUAAUUGAUGCUAUGAAGGAUAUUCCAACUAACGGCUAUGCUGAAGUAAACGGCAAAAUUGGGGUUGAAAAGGACAAAAAGGAAGAAUAUGAAGAAGUGGACGCGAUCCAAGAGGCUAUGGGGGCGAUGGGACGAUGGCAAAUCCUUGUUUGCAUCGCUAUUUCCCUGGUGAAAUUCCCCGUGGCAUGGCAUCAACUUGCCAUUGUAUUUAUGGCGCCACACACCCAGCAAUUUAAUUGCACAAGUCCAGCAUAUUCAUCAGCCAAAGAUCAGUGCAUUGUAAACGUAAAUGGUAGUCAUGUCGAGUGUCAGUCUUGGGAGUUCGACAGAAGUAUAUUUCCCGAAACGAUAAUCUCUCAGUGGAAUUUGGUUUGUAAUCGGUCCCAUUAUGCAAACAUUCAACAGUCGAUACUCAUGUUUGGAAUACUGUUGGGGAAUAUAACUUUUGGCAGUUUAGCCGACAGAUUUGGCAGAAAAAUUCCAUUGAUGAUAUCGGUGAUACUUCAACUGGUGUCAGGAAUCGGUUGUGCAAUAGUACCGUGGUUUCCAGCCCUCCUGUUCUUGAAAUUAUUGGCAGCGAUGGCUACUGGAGGGACGAUGGUUACGAGUUAUGUAAUAUGUAUGGAAAUAGUCGGUACCAAAUGGCGAGCAGCUAUAACAGUACUCUAUCAAAUACCUUUCAGUUUGGGACACAUGUCAUUAGCUGGAAUAGCAUACUUGUUCCGUCACUGGCAGCAUUUGCAAUUAGCCAUAUCAUUGCCGUCAAUAAUACUCUUAAGUUACUGGUGGAUUGUUCCUGAGUCACCGAGAUGGCUUUUGGCCGUCGGAAAACAGAAAGCUGCAUGCAAAAUACUUAAAAAAGCAGCUAAAGUUAACAAAGUUGCUGAUAAAGAUAUUCCGGAAUUGGUGCGAAAACAUUAUUUGCAUCAAAAUUCAAGAAAAUCGGCUUCGGAUCACUCGGCGUCAAUAAUUGACUUAUUCAGAACGCCGAACAUGAGAAUAAAAUCAUUAGCAAUAUUUUUCAACUGGGCUGUAUGUGGAAUGGGACUUUUUGGGAUGACGCAGUACAUCGGACAGGUCGGCGGUGACAUAUUUGUUAAUUUUGCGGUGUCGGGUGCCACUCAAAUCCCUGGUAAUUUCGUUGCCUGGUGGGUUAUGAAUAAAUUGGGUAGAAAAAUUACAUUAAUGACUAGUCACAUCACUGCUGGUGUAGCCGCUUUGCUUUUAAUUACUGUACCUCAAAAUUUAGCAUGGCUACGACUCAUACUCGCAUGUUUUGGUAUUGUUGGGAUGUCUGUAUCGUUCACAACAGUGUAUUUAUUUUCCGGUGAAUUGUUCCCAACCGUUGUAAGAAAUAUUGGAGUAGGAACGAGUAGUAUGUGUGCGAGAAUAGGAUCAAUGGUUGCGCCAUUUGUUGUGUCAUUGAGCUUAGUUAGAGGAUUUUUACCGCCGUUGAUUUUUGGCACAUUUCCAUUAAUUGGCGCAGUCUUGGCAUUAUUUUUGCCUGAAACCAACGGAUGCCAAUUACCGGAAACUCUUCAGGAUGGUGAAGAUUUUGGAAAAAAAAUAAAGAAAAGUUUAAAACUGAAAGAAUCUGAAGCUGAAAUAGCGCUUUGAUGUUCAAUUAUUAAUUAACAGAAGAUCAAAAUAUUUAUAAAUAGUUAAUUUUUUGUUAAGAUAAAUCAUUCCGUUUUAUUUCUAUUUAUUAGAGUCAAACUUCUGAAACUCGACAUUAUAAUGCAGACCAAACAUAUAGGUUCUUAAUUUCUACGUACUUUACAAAUUUAAGUCAAGUCAUGAAGCUACGUUUCAAUACGAGAGAGUUUGAUUUUACUUUAAGAUAUUCUUAAGCUAAUAUUUGACGAUUAAAUUUUAUUAAAAAUUGUCAAAAAUUGAUCAAAUGCGAUAAAGUAUAUAAAACUUAUUUUUUGUAAGAAAAUUUAUAAGAUACUAAUGGUAUUUUUUUAAUUUUAAAAAGAUGGA